GGCAGGGAGGGGGAGAAGUACUCAUAUUGUUGUCUCCAGAGCACAAAGUGUGUCACUUGGCUGUCAGGAGCUGGUCUGUGACAUCCCUUCACCAUGACCUCUUACAGCUUUAGGCAAUCCUCCUCCACCAUAGGUGGUGGCGGUUUUGGUGGUUCCUCCUUCAGAGCUCCAAGCAUCCAUGGGGGAUCUGGUGGCCAUGGUAUCUCUGUCUCUUCUGCUAGACUUGUCUCUUCUGGGAUUGGAGGAGGCCUAAGUGGUGGCUAUGGUGGUGGUUUUAGCUAUGGCGGUGGUGGCUAUAGUGGAGGCUUUGGAAGUGGAGCUGGAAGUGGCUUUGGUGGGAACCUAAGUGUCAAUGAUGGCCUCCUUUCGGGAAAUGAAAAGAUAACUAUGCAGAACUUGAAUGACCGCCUGGCAAACUACCUGGAUAAGGUGCAUGCCCUGGAGGAGGCGAACACUGAACUAGAGGUUAAAAUUCGAGAGUGGUACCAGAAACAGGGACCGAGUCCAACCCGUGAUUACAGCCCAUAUCACAAGACAAUUGAAGACCUCCGAGACAAGAUCCUGACUGCAACAAUUGAAAAUAACAAAAUCAUCCUGCAGAUUGACAAUGCCAGGUUGGCUGCUGAUGACUUUAAAACCAAGUUUGAGACUGAGCAAGCCCUGCGCAUGAGUGUGGAAGCUGAUAUUAAUGGCCUUCGCCGAGUCUUAGAUGAGCUGACCUUGGCUAGAACUGACCUGGAGAUGCAGAUUGAAAGCCUGAAAGAAGAACUGGCCUAUCUUAAGAAGAACCAUGAGGAGGAAAUGAGUGCUCUCUCCGGGCAACUGGGUGGCCAAGUGAGUGUUGAAGUUGACUCUGCCCCAGGCAUUGAUCUCACCAAGAUCCUGGCUGACAUGAGAGACCAGUAUGAACUGCUGGCUGAGAAGAACCGGAGGGAUGCCGAGGCAUGGUUUACGAGCAAGACUGAAGAACUGAAUAAAGAGGUCGCCGUCAAUACUGAACAGCUUCAGACCAGCAAGACGGAGAUUACGGAUUUGAGAAGGACUCUCCAGGGCUUGGAGAUAGAGCUGCAGUCCCAGCUCAGCAUGAAAGCUGCCCUGGAAGGCACUUUGGCAGACACAGAAGCUCGCUAUGGCACCCAGCUGUGCCAGAUCCAAGGCCUGAUCAGCAACAUAGAAGCCCAGCUGUUUGAUGUCCGAGCUGACAUGGAACGGCAGAACAAUGACUAUAAGAUGUUGAUGGACAUCAAGUCCCGUCUGGAGCAAGAGAUUGAGACCUAUCGCCAGCUCUUGGACGGCCAGGACUUCAACUUUGCAGACAAAGUGGUUGCUGGUAAGAAGCCUUGAAGAACAUCCUUCACACAAUAUACAAAUUAAAUCAUCACCAGACUUCGAUGGGUAGUUGCCAUCACCAAGAGAUGGAAAUUUGGUGUUUCACUCAGCAGUAGUUCCUUGAGCACAUAUACUGGGUGGCUGGAGGUCAUAUAACAAUUUGACUUAGUUGUUCUUGCUUUUACUUUUCUUUGUUGGGUUUCUGCUGUCUAAUAAAGUUCCUUUUGGG